AAUGGUACCAUCACUAACUAAAACGAAAACACUGUAAACGCAUUAAAAAAAUUGUAAAUAUUAUUUUAAAACUAUGAGUUCCAACCAUCGACCCCUGGACGCAUCGGAUAUCCAGCUGAUACAGACUAUAAGAGAAACGCCCUCGCUGUAUGAUCCGCAGCUCCCCUCUUUUCGGCUCUCGCAGCGCAAAGAGGAGGACUGGGCGAAAGUGGCAGAAAAGUUGAGAAUUUCUACUAUAGAUGCUCGGCGGCGUUGGACCUGUUUACGAGAUCGCUAUUCGCGGGAGCUAAAACAGAUGCGUCUCCAUCCAACCAGCGAAUUCGGCCGCAAUGAUUUCUUCAAUCAAAUGGAUUUUCUGCGGCAAUUUGUAAGAAAGCGGCGCGAGCGCAACAGAAGAGAUCAGACACCUACUGGUUGGCUCAAAGUGGACAUGAGGAGAAACAAACUAAUGAAGAUGUCGACCGAAACGGACACCCUGAUUGAGGAUUCGCAUGUUUACGAGGAGACCGAUGAGCACAAUUACGAUACUAAGCUAGAAGUGCAGACAUCGCACUCCGAGACGUACUCUGUGCUAGUGGAGGCCGAUGAUGGUCAAGAGCCCGAGCAGGAGAGUUUCGAGGAAGACUUCAUUGGGGAUGAGCACAAGACAAUGGACUCAACGACCACAACCUCUCCUCACGCCGAUGACGCAGCCCACCCCACCCAGGGCGACAUCAACUACAUGGUCUGCAUGCCCAGCAUGAGUCAAGAACGGAAGCAUCUUUCCCAAGAGUCACUAGCUCCGACUAUGGCCAUGCCAACAAUGACAGAGACCGAGGACGAUUACUUCUGUAAAUCUGUGGCUGCCUAUCUGCGGCAGCUGUCGCGGGUGCACAAGAUCAAGGCCAAGGUGGAGAUGUUCCAAAUACUGGAGAAAUACAUUAUGCUCGAGGAGGAGAGACGAGGCGUGGUAUCGGGCUCGAGACCAGGGUCGGGGUGAACAGGUUACAUAGCAAUUGAUGUAUAGGUUUUAAAAUAGUUUUUAAUGCAGUACAAAUAUACAAAGUGACGAAAAAUCA